AUUCCAAUUCUUACAUACCAAUCGCAACAAAAGCCUCUCGUAGAAGGGGAUAAACUUUAAAAUUGAGGAAAUCACCGAGGGAAUGUAGAUUACGUCGCGCGGAUUUGCAGGACAGACGAUUUCAUUGCAAGCAGGGAGGAAAUUGCGAGGAAAGACAUUGGAGAAAAUUCCCGUGACAGGUGCCCAGGGAAUGGAACCGGCGAGUCAUUUGCAAAACUGCAGUAAAUUUUUAUGGUAGACAAGGGAACAUCUGCUGCGAUGGAGGACGUUGUGGACUCGCGGGGAGCUCCGGCAGAAAGUCCGCAGGUCACGAAUACAGAGCAACCGGAAGCAGUUGACUGGCUAUCGUCUGUACUUGGGAAAAAGGACAAAAAGAGUAGCCAAAGUGCAAAGAUAAAAGGCGUGGUACGUGACUCUGAGGACUUGCUGUUCGAGAACCUCUCUGGGACCUACUCGCUGCUAAAGUCCGCCAAGUUUAAGAGGAAUAGAUUCUCCAGAGACGACUGGAGGGAAUAUCGCAGAUUUAUGGUCAAAGCAUACAAAAGGAUGAUUAAGAAAAAGAGCACAAAGGCCUAGAAUGCAUGUUACGGCGAGUAUAGGAGCAUAGGCGACCUAUGGGAGCCUAAAUGGUCAUCAUAAAGGCUAUAAGAAUGGAAGAAUUAUGGUAACUAUACAGACUAUAGGAGCUCGCCAGAAUGCGAGAUUAAGUAUCGAAUUGCACAUUUAAACAUUCUCAAUCACUUGUACAACUUAAAGGUAGGCACAUUUAUAUGACAAGCUUGAGAGAGAAAUUUGCACUGCGCAAUUAUAGAGUGCCCGGUUAUAAAACGACAUAUAGACAUACGAUUUAAAGAAUGUAGUUGGAUGUAAA